AUGCCCUCAUCCGGCCUCCUUUGGGUGACGAUGCAGCCCCAAGCGUCGCUGCCAGACACCCAAUUCCACGACUGGUACAACAAUGAGCAUGGCCCGCUGCGUCUGCGUCUCCCCUUCGUCACCAACGGUUUCCGCUUCCGCGCGACCGACGGGCUCCAGCCCGAGUACGUGGCGCUUUACGAUAUCACGGACAUGGACGAGUUGACCCGCGAGACCUACCUGUCGCUGCGCACCGAUGUGAUCAAGACCGAGCGCGAGAAGAAGACUAUGGCCCAGAUCGACGUCGGGCGCAAGCUGUACGACCUCGCCGAUGAGCGUCGCCACCCGGACUUCCGCCCGCUCGAGUUCCAAGCCGAUGUCGAUGCCGAGACCCACGGCAGCGUGCUGGUGGCCGUCACCGUCGCCACGCACCCCGACCCAGCGAAGCAGGCCGAGCUGGAGCGCUGGUACCGCGAGGAACACUACGAGAUGCUCUCCAAAGUUCCCGGAUGGCGUCGCAGUCGUCGCUUCGUGACCGCCGCCAUUGACUCGGGUGCCCCGCGCGAGUCGCUCGCCCUGCACGAGUAUGCGCCUGUCAACGGCCUGGGUGGCCCGGCACACAAGGCGGCAAUGAACACCCUAUGGGGUCAGCGUCUCAUGGGCGAUGUUGUGACAUCCAAGAAGCGCCGCGUGUAUCAGUGGUACUACACGUUUGGCCCAGCUCCGCGGGAGCUGUGCUCGUUGGCUAAGCCGGACGUUGUCGGGCCCUGGACUUCCAACGACGGAAAAACUCACACCAUUCCCUCACCUUCGCGGCCCGCCCUGGAGUCGUUUGUCACUACAGCUGAUGGGGUCGAGCUCCCCUACCGGUUGGAGGGCACGACCGACCCCAAUGCGCCCGUGGUGGUGCUCAGCAACUCGAUUCUGGUCAACUGGAACAUCUGGGACCGCUUUGUCGAUGCCUUCUUCGCCCGAAAGCAGAACCAGCGUUACCGAGUCUUGCGCUAUCUGACACGCGGCCGCCGCUCACCGAGUGGCGAGCAGCCGGUCAACAUCGACCUACUAGCCUCCGACUUGGCUACACUGCUGGAUGCCUUGCGGGUGCCGCCCAAGGCUGCGCGCCUGAUUGGGGUCAGCCUGGGCGGUGUUACGGUGCUCAACACCUCUCUCCUCUACCCGUCCCGCGUUGCGGCCUUUAUCGCCUGCGACACUAACUCGUCCGCCCCGGAGUCCAACCGCAAGGCCUGGGGAGACCGCGUUGCCAUGUGUGAGCAGGAAGGCGCUACGGACCCGGCCACGAAGGAGCCCAUUGUGGGUGAAAAUCUGGCCGAGGUGACGACGCGGCGCUGGUUUGUCCCGGAAUCUUACGAGACCCAACCGGAGGUGCUCGCCCCCGUCAAGGAAGCGGUGCGCACCAACAGCCUGAAGGGCUUCGCCCACAGCGUGGAGGCGCUGUGCGCUUAUGAUAUCCGCGAGCGCAUGGCUUCUGCCACUGUUCCCGGUCUGUUUGUAGCGGGGGCUAACGACGGAGUCCUCCCGCAGACCAUGCGGAAGAUGGCUGCUGACCUGCGUGGUGGCGCCGAGCUCAAAAUCAUCGACCAGGCUGGCCAUCUCCCCAUGGUCGAGCAGCCCGUGGCCUUUGCGGACGUGGUGACGGAGUUCCUGGGCAAGAUUGAUGGCUAA